AUGGCCAAAGCCAGCAAGACACCCAAGGCUCCUGCUACCCCCGUGGCGGCUUCUUCGAAUUGGAAGAACCUGCAGCAGGUCAGUGUACCUUACAUGCACGCUCCCGCUGUCGGUCGUCGUCGGGCGGCCCUUCGCAGCCGAGACCGGAUCGGUGCCCACUUGGGAAACGAGCGUAUUCAUCACCCGUAUCCCCCUCACCAGAUGCUGCACCCAGCCCCCUCACCCGAUCGAUCGUCCAAGAAACGAGGCCGCGCGUGUUCCCCCAGCCAGAUCAGCUCCACAACGAUCGUCGCCUCGCCUACGAUCCCUCUCAAUCGAGACAGCAAGGGCAAGGGCAGAGCAACAACACACGACGUCGAGGAUGAGCAUGAUGUGCAGAGGAAGAGGUAUGAUAAGAAGACCAAGGGGAUGGUACCCGUCGAGGAUCUGUUGCAGGGGAAUGUCGCGGGGUGGCAAACGGAGUGAGUGGGGCGAGCGAAGGCAAGUAGCGACUUACACGAGCUACAUGGCGGCUGAUGAACCUUCUCUCCUCUCUUGGAUCCCAAAAAAGCGUGGGACAAUACCUAGGUAGGUUCCAACCACUCUCCAGCUCUGACGACACCCACGCUGACCUCAUCGACUCAACCACCGCGCAGCCAUUGAUUGUGAAAUGGUCGGCGUCGGCCCCGAAGGCGUUGAAUCGGCCCUGGCCCGCGUCUCGAUCGUCAAUUACCACGGUCACGUCACGUACGACUCGUUCGUCAAACCAAGGGAAAAGGUCACCGAUUAUAGGACUUGGGUCUCCGGUGUGAGGGAGCGCGAUCUUUUGAACGGUCAGUUUUCGGACGACAAAGAGGCGCAAAGGUCGGGUUGCGGCUGAUCAUGGGUAUUUCUGGGGUGGUUUUGACAGCUCCUACGUUCGCCGAGGUGAUCAAGAAGGUGUCGGAAUUGAUCAAAGGGAGGAUCUUGAUCGGGCAUGCCAUCUCGAACGAUACCCAAGUCGGUCCCAGUGCCGCUCCUCAUCUCAGAUGGCCUCCGAUCCCUGACCAUUAACCCCCAACUCCUCCACCCAUCUAGGUCCUCCUUCUCUCCCACCCUCACCACCUCACACGCGACACCUCCAAAUACGCCCCUCUUCAAGCUCUAGCACGAACGAAGCGACCCUCUCUCAAAACGCUCUCCAAGCUCGUCCUCGGCGUCGACAUUCAAUCCGGUGAACAUUCUUCCAUCGACGAUGCCCGAGCCACGAUGGCGAUCUAUCGUUCUCAGAAAGCGGCUUGGGAGGACGCGCUAAGGACCAAGGCUAAACCCGUGUUGGUGUAUAGUACGACCGAACCUUUGAAGGCGAUCGAGAGGCAAGGUGGGAUCGAGAGUGUACCUAAGAAUGGAGGGCAGAAGGAUCCGACGAUGGUGAGGAAAGGGAUGGGCCUCGCGCAGACGUUGAGGUUGGUGAGGGCGCAACAGCAGUUUGGUACGAGGGGUGGCGCGGGGGAGGAUGGGGAGGGGUUUGGAGAGGUCGAUCAGGAUGUUUUGGAGACGAGGCAGAGGAAAAAGGCUAGGAUUGAGGAGGAGGAUGGAUUCGUACUGGGCUUCGAUUAUACGCCUGCGCCUGUACCCGUACAACUGACGAAAGCGACGACGGUCUCUUCUUCGAGGGAUGAGGGUGCACCGGCCAAGAAGAAGAUCAGGAAGGUGUCGAGUGGUGCGGAUGCCAAAAACGGGGGAGUGGACAGCGGGAAACGACCCAAGAGUAAGGAUGGCUGGUGGGAGGAUUAG